AUGGCCACAGCCAUCAAAUUCCUCAGUCCUCACGUUGCGGACAACCAUGGGGUUGUUCCAUAUCCUGAUCGCGCUUGUGGUGAUCGCGUUCAAAGUCACAGCCUCACAGACAAAGGUCAAAUGCUCGAGUUCGUUGUCGCAUACUCUAUCAUUUUUGCUGUCGUCCCUGUCUCUGGCUUCUAUUAUAUAGGCAACGAAACUUGUCGCAGAAUCGACCGUUGCAUUCCCCUUUCUCUAUAUGCGAAGUUCAGCCCCUUAAAACUUUAUAGCAAACUGGACAACUACGACAUGUAUAUAAUCCCGGAGCGAUCUGAGCAACUGAUCAAGGCUCACAUUAUCGAGCACCUCUCAGCGCCAGGGUACCCAGCACAGCGAUAUCCGGACGAGACCUUCUCUGCCUGCGACAAACACCGCGAUAAUACCGUCGGCCCCGUCCCCAGACACCCACAACAUUUGAACAGCAGCCACUUUGCAGACUCGGCCUCACCCAACCUCACCGCCAGGAACACAGUUGCUGCGAAAGCCAACCUAGCCGACUGCGACACUGUUGUUCUUGCCGCAUGUCGUGUCGUGUUUGAGCGCUCCCAGCCCACGAUUCCGGUUGCAAUGAGGCCGUUCUUCCCCGGCACGUCCUUCUACAACCACACGCGCUGGACCCCCGACACACACAUCUCGUUCCAGGCUUCCAGCCCUCGCGCCUACGCACAACCAUGGCCUACAGCAGCAAUAGAACCAGUAAACGGCGUUCUACGCAGACGUCAACCGCCGCUACCGUUACCGCGCCCACAAGGCGCAGUACCUCAGCGUGCCAGAGCGGCUGACAAAAUUCGUAUUACCAACGUUAGUGCUCAGCAGCUCCGACCACAGCAGUACUCCGAGCCCUCUACCUUCGAAGACGCCAUUGUUCUCGCUCCCGAAAACUCUCGAGCGACCUUCUCAAUCCUACCUGAGGCACUCAUUGCGACCAUAAGGAUCGCUUUAUACCUUUCCAUAACCAUCUCCUGA